AUGUCUUCGCAAGUCGGAACCAUAUAUAGGCACGACGAAAACUAUGUGCCAAUAUCUCGGUGGUCAGAAUUCGUCAGCCUCAAGGAUGAAGCCGACGAGUUAGAAGUCCGCAUGGCAACGAAGGAUAUUGUUCAUCGCCUAGCAGGGUGUGAGGGCUCCUGGACUACUCUCAGCUUCACUAUCAACAACGUCUUAAUGAGAGACUUACUCACCAGGGUCUUCGAGGGUUACCAAGGAUUCGAUUUGAAUCUGGCGAACUGGACCUUCCAGGACCCCUUUCGACCGCUAGUCCACAGAUGGGGCCAGUUGAACGCUCUACAUUCCAAGCUUAUAGACGAUGAAGAUGUUACUGUUGACGAGAAAGAGGCUGGUGAUGCCCUCGUGAGCUUCCUCGGCCCCAUACUUGCUCCGUCUGUCGGGGCCUUGGCGCAAACCCGUGAUACAGGCAGGAUUUCCUACAAGGACGUCUGGCAGAUCUUUCCUCCUUCAGAACUUGUAGUCACGACUCUCUGGGGAAUUCCCCUUCUCGGACGAGUUCUGAAGUACAAGAACAAAAAUUCACGAGGGUGGAGAAUCACGUUCGAGAAAUUGGCCUGGGAUGGAAGUUGUUGUGGCUACGUUCAGGAAGUUGCAUGGGUUGAGCCCUUCUCAGGUGAACGCUACGUCAACGCAUUGGAUGUCUAUCCUUUGUCAUUUCACACGGACCCCGAAGGCUUCAAGAGUAAGAUGCUCGAACGAGGUAGGAAGUUUGAGCGCCUCAGGGGAUACCACUCACAGACCUAUAAGGGAAACAUGCAUAUGCUUGAAAAUGAUUUCAUGACGGGAAAGAGAUCGGUCGAGGGUCGCGUGAUUGUCGAUACAUUUGCAUACUACGCGUCCUCCAACCUUGGCAAGCCCAACAUGCGUCCGUUGGAGUGUCUAGAUGAGGAGACGGCACCGAUGCGAUCCAGAUCCAGGACCACUUCCAGGGCAAGUUCCCGGUCCAGCACACGAUCCCACAGUGAAGACUCAAACCGGUCUCCAAGUCCUUCUCAACCAUCCGAGUCCGGCGAUUUCGUUCAGGUUUCCUCAGACUUGAGUGACACAUCAGAUCAUGACCUGUGGGGCCGGAACGAAGACCUUUCGCCGCUGACGAGUGAGCAAUGUCUGAUAUCAGAUCCAUGGCUCAGAGGAUUCGACUUGAAGGCGAAGCGAUGGGGUCUAAUGAAUAUUGACGGAUUGUCUGACAUCGAGUGGAACUAUGACGCCUUCGACAACCUUGUCGUCCCAGCCGAUGAGAAGCAGCUUGCUUGGGACUUCGUGGAGAGCAAGACCACAUCAAACGAAGCGUUUGAUGAUUUCAUUCCCGAAAAAGGGCGUGGUAUCAUCAUCCUAAUGUUCGGCCCUCCAGGCGUUGGAAAGACUUUUACGGCAGAGGCAGUGGCUGAGCGUGCAAAUGUGCCCCUUUACUCGAUGAGCGCCAGUUCGCUUGGUACAGAGCCUGCAGAAAUCGAACAGAACCUCGACAGUGCACUACAGCUGUGCAAGGUGUGGAACGCGAUGCUACUUUUGGACGAGGCAGACGUCUUUCUGGCAGCACGACAAAGUGACAAUAUGAAGCGCAACGAGCUUGUGUCUCUGUUCUUGACCAAGUUGGAAUACUACCCUGGCAUACUCUUCUUAACAACCAACCGAGCUUCUGAUAUCGACUUCGCCUUCCAGUCCCGGGUGGAUCUGUUUCUCCCGUACUACGAGCUUACGCCAGAAGCGCGCCUGAAGAUCUGGAACAAUUUCAUUGAUCGAGCUGGAAGGGAGGGGUUUGCGUCUGCAAAUAUGGAAGGGGACUUGGAGAAAUUGUCCCGACUGAGCUUGAAUGGCCGAGAGAUCAAGAAUCUGGUCAAAACCAGCCAGUUACUAAGCCAGAAGACUGGCGGACUCGGCUCUAUGGAGAAGCUUUACUUUCUUGCUGAAAAGCGCGUCCAUGCGCUUAAGCUGCUUGCGGAGCGAGGAACCUAG